CCAAGGAAAUGGCACCAGCCAGUCACUAACCCUGUCAUGAGAUCCUUUAUCAUCUUGCUCAGCAUUGUGGCAGCCGUCCACGGAUGGGUGCAACAGCCCUCAGGGAGCACUUCAUUCACCCAAUACUCGGGAUGCGGAAGCCCUGCAUGCGGAAUAUCAGCUUCAGGAUACACCGCAGCUAUAAAUCAAUUGGCGUUUGGUUCUUCUCCUGGGUUGGGGGCGGGAGAUGCAUGUGGACGAUGCUUCCAGCUCACCGGGACGGCUGAUCCGUAUUCGCCCUCCUUCACGGGGCCUUUCAAGUCAAUCGUAGUAAAGGUGACAGAUAUGUGUCCUGCUGCAGGAAACCAGCAAUGGUGUGGUCAAACCUCAUCCAAUACAUUAAACUCCUUUGGAAAGGAAUUUCAUUUCGAUAUCUGCGAAGACACUGGAGGGGCAGGUGCAUUCUUCCCAUCCGGACAUACCGCACUAACUGGCACGUUCACGGAAGUGAGCUGCAGUGAAUGGUCGGGCUCAGACGGAGGAGCACUUUGGAAUGGAGCAUGCAUCAAAGGCGAGUCUGCGGCGUUGUGGCCGGGAGGCGUCGGUUGUGGAAACCAAGGAAGCUCUUUAUGAAUCUUUGCGUUUGUUCUAUAUUCGAUGGCGUCACAAGCCCUGGAUUGUUUUCCAUCCGAUGUAAACACUAUCUUGAGAAACAAAUAACAGUCAAAUUGCGACUAGUCUAGCCGAAUUUCGUCUUCAGGAAAGGGCUUUAGAAAUAUGGAAUGAAUUUUUGGGGUGACAUUGUUCUGAAAGUGCUAAAGAUUGCAACGAGUGAAGCUACGGAUGAGAUUGUUGAAGUUCAGUGAUGUUUGAGAACUAAGUUCUCGACGGAUGGGGCGGAGGGACCCAGUGUCAGCUGCCCACUGUGCCGAGAUAAGUGCUGGAUAAAGGCGUGGGAAUGAAUCAUUGGUGGUU